UCAGCAUCACUAGAAGUAGAAGUAUCACAAGGAAGAUCAUAAUCAUUAGUCUCUAACUCUGUGAAAUCAACUGACACUAGAUCUGGCUCAUCUAUAGAAAUUUCAGGUAGUAAAUUUUGUGUGCAGCUGCCAUUAACACAACUGAUGAUUUAUGACAAGCAGUACUUGCUUAUUUAUAGAUCUAUACAUGAGGCAAGAAAGAAAGGAGAGAUGCUGACGCUUGGUUGCCAUUGCAAGAAAUGAUUACAAAAUUAACAUUCAAAAUAUUCAUGAAAAGUUAAUUUUAAUAACAAUAAUAAUUAAUUUUAAUGAUUAUGAUGACUUCCUUUUCCUGUCAAAACUUCAGGGUGGGCAUUGCCCCUUAAUGCCCACCCCUGGAACCGCCUAUGGCCACAAAGACUUUAAAGUUGUGGUACUGACUGAAGUUGAUAGACUCACUAAAGAUGCACAGCAUGCAUUGAGACGUACAAUGGAACUAUACACAGGAACAUGUCGUCUUAUACUAGUCUGUAACUCAACCAGUAAACUAAUACCAGCCAUCAAGAGCAGGUGUUUGGCUGUUAGGGUUCCCGCUCCUACCAUAGAUGAGGUAUCCCUUCAAUGAUGAUCAGGUUGUCCCUGAUUGUGAGUAGGAGGUUUUCUUACGUGAAACAGCUGCAAUGAUCAUCACAGAGCAGAGCCCUAAGAGGUAUCCCUUCAAUGAUGAUCAGGUUGUCCCUGAUUGUGAGUGGGAAGUUUUCUUAUGUGAAACAGCCGCAAUGAUCAUCACAGAGCAGAGCCCUAAGAGGUUACUUGAAGUAAGAGGACGUUAUUAUGAGCUGUUAACUCAUUGUAUACCACCUGAUAUUAUUUUAAAAAGGAUAUUGAAUGAGCUGGUUGCUAACUGUGAUGGUACAUUGAAAGCUGAAGUGACUCAAUUAGCAGCUCAGUAUCAAGCUCAGUCACAACUGAGUAGUAAAGCAAUCUUUCAUCUUGAGGCCUUCACAGCAAAAUUUAUGAGAAUAUAUAAACAAUUUUUAGAGGAAGGACUGGAGAGUAUGGGCUUCUGAUGUAAUGUAUGCCAUGAUAGACAGUAGAGAUUUCUUAACACAAAUAUACUUGUUAUUUUGUCACACUAUGUACCCAUUAUAGUAUUUAGCUUAGCCAUAGACAGUCGACUAUUAUGUAUAGCUUAGCUUCUAGUAUAGACUGAUUAGACUCCUCACAUGUUUGACAUGGGCAGGGAUGAAACUAUGCAAGACUUUUAUGUAUUCUAUUAUUCAACAUUUAUAAUGAUUAUUCAUAGAGUGAACCUCCCACAUAUUA